AUGGGCCAAGAUUUCUCAAAAGAAUAUUCAUCAACUUGGGAAGAUUCCGAUGUUCUAAAGUGGAUACAAACUGCUCGUGACGCUUUGAAGAUCUAUUACUUGGCUUACGAAGGUAUUCAAUGGCAUGAAUACUCAGUUGAGCAAAGAUCUUUAUUAACAAUCAAAAUCUGCUUUGCUCUCUAUGGACCACCGACAAUAGAAAAUGCAAAUUAUGACACACUGGAAAAAGCUUAUAGCGCUACUCAGAAAGAAGCUGCGGACAAAAUCAAGGAUAAGAUUAUUGAAGUUUACAACAAGUCUCCAGCUACCAGCUUGCAAGUCGGUAUUCUUUUUAUUUCAUGCAAGCAACAGCAAAAUGAAUUCUUAUUACCAGUGUUCCGCGUUUAUACUGGUGAUGAUAAUAAUAAUGUCCAACUUUCGAAGUAUAUUGACACUAACUGUAGAGUCUACAAAGAUUGGUCAGAUUGGAAGAAAAAUAAUAAGCUACCUAUGAUGAAGUAUUGCUACCCUUUAGAAGGUUUUUAUACAUGCAGCAACGAUAACACCUACAGGUUCGAAUCUGAUCAAGAUCCUGCCGUUCAUUUUGGUACUUCUCCAGCAUGUGGUUUCUUGCCUAGGGUUGCAAGGCAGGCAGAUGUACUUAGUGGUGUGACUUCUCUUGGCAGUGGAGGUAUUGCCAUUGCCGCAAUGUUCACUCCAUUGGCGCCGGUCGUUCUUGUUGGAAGUGCCAUCGCUGGAACAACUGCUGCUUUUUAUGGUGCAGGAAGAUCGAUAAAUCGUCUCAUUGACAAAGGCACUCAUGAUGAGAGUUUGACUGAUUUGGAAUCGUUGACUUGUUGGCUUAGCAUCCUUAUAACUCCUGCUCAUGUUGCUACUACUGUUGCAAACGGUGCCUUAGCAGCUGGUGCUCGAAACAGCGGAAGAAUUUUUUCAAGUACUGCUCGAACGGCUGCAACAAUUCUGAAUCUUACUACAUUUGGACUAGAUUCAGUCAUGGUUGCUUUUGGAUUUGCUAACUUAAUCGAAAAAGCAAAAAAUGACCAGCUAACACCUUUGGACGUCCUACAAUUUUCAAUGAGCAUCUUCUUUUUCGGUCACACUCUGAUUCAACCUAAGACUGCAUCCAGAAUUAUCAAAGCAGCGCAAAAUGAGCAUAUUACUGCUUUCAAGAAUGCAAUGAGUGAUCUAGAUGCACAAAAGACUUUUCAAGAUUUUGUCGACCAAAAUCGUGGGAACCGCGGUAUAAGAGACAAUUCAAAAAUCGUGAGAACCAUUAACAAAAUUGAAAAUCCUAACGGAUUCUUCAAGGGUCUUGGAGAUAUGAAGGCCGAUAUUGGUGGUAGAAAAGGACGGACUAUUAUCAUUAAUGACAAUCAUGGUCAAAGUCACAGAGUCAAUCCGAAUCGAGUUUUUUUCGAUGGCCAAAGCAAGUCACUCAUAGAUUUAAAUGCUCUUCGUAACAAGUUGUCUGCAUGCUUUCGCACAGAACCAGAAAGUGUCCAGAUCAAUGGUGAACACAUUUUUCAAAAUAUGACAGAACAUCAAAUGCAACGAGUUGAAACUGUUCUCGGUGGAACCGCACGCAAAUACAACAAUGGGAUAGUUGAAACUGCUAAAAUACUUACGCAAAAAAUGGGUUAUAGCACUGUGGAUGACUUUUUAUGUGUCGUUGAGCUUGUUGCCAAGGAAGUCCAAGGCAAGUACGAGGAAAAUUUGGUCCCCGCAUUAAAUCAUCUACAAGGUGCCGGACAGGCGGAUUUUAUCAGUGGUGUGCAAAGUGAUCUUGCAAAAGCCAGACAGAUCGCUCAAAACGCAAAUAUCAGCUUUGCCAAUGAUCUCAAAGCAGUCUACCACUAUCGAAAGCAUGGGAAUGAUUUUCCAACACGAUUAUCUGAUAAGAUUGAUUUUUAUCUGAGCGACAUGCCACAUAAGAUCUUCAAAGACGCAAAUUUGACAAAUAUCAGUCGUCAACCAAAUGGUGCUACAAUAAAAACUUAUAUAACCUCAAAAGGUGAAUUCGGAGUUGUUGUAGAGUUGCCAAACAAUCAACGCUGUAUCGUUACAUUGUUCAAACACGCAAAAGCAUUGAAAGCUUUCCAAAAAAAGAUGGCUGCAUCGAAAUCUGAAGCUUUCCAACCCUCUAUGGUUGGGGACAUGGCUAAACUGAUGGCUAGUUCAAUAGGAUUUGCUUCAGUUCUGAUCAACGUUACUGUGAAUAAUAAACCGGCCGUUUCAUUGGACAAGUUUACCACGGACGAAUGUGAUGAAAUACAUCUGCGCGAAAUUGCUCGUAUUCUUCAUGCUCUAACUUUGGAUGACGAUGAUCACCGAUCUUCUGAAUAA